AAAUAUUUAUCAUACAUACAUAGCCUCCUCUUAUGUUCUUUUUAGGAGGCGGAUUUACUUUAAAUUCAACCCAGGAACUGAUGAACACUGUUCGCAUAAACGCACUGUCUACAUAUUAUGUUUUACUAUCAGAGGCAUCAUGGAAGGGUAUGCAAGUUUGCGUAGUACCAAUUCCCCACCCUCAGAUACAGUAUUGGAUACUUCGAGUGUCGGAGACAGAACCGGUGAGGAUAUCACCAACGAAUAUGUAUUGGAUGACCAAACUAAUUAUACAGCUUCGCUAGAUUCGACAGGAGUACGGAAGCGGAGCAAGCCAAAACCAAUAAACAGCGAGUCACAGGCCGGUCUAAUAAGUGAUGACAACAGCGAUGAGGAAGAUACCUUGAUGGACUAUGAUGUGUUACAAGAGUAUAGAAAACGAAGUAGAAAAAAGUACUACUAUUGUAAAGUAUUUACUGCGUGUUUGCUCACAGUGUGUGCGGCUUUGGCAGUGUAUUACCUCUGCUUAGUGAUAAGUAAGUUCACAGUCGUGGAACAGUCCGAGCCCAACGUGAAUGUGAUGCUUGGUCGGCCGUAUACACAGCAGGAGUUGGAUGAACUCAGGGGGAAAGUGUGUACUAACUGUGCAGGUAUAGGCGCCACAGUGGGUAUGCCCGUACCCGAGACAACACCGUACAAACCUUACGGAUACGAAACGAAGAUAGACUAUAGUGUGAACUGUUAUGUAGUGUACCCAGAUGAAGAGGGAGAUGGAUCGGAAUAUUCGUUAACUGAAAUGACCGAGGUUGAAGCCUUGUCGGCGAAUAGUACAGUUCAUGGGUUGGGUACAGUGUUCCUGACACAUACAGGUCCGUGUGGCGUGUGCUCGAGUCUAGAUGAUUUGUACGUAUAUUUGUCUACGCCUGAUUUGACUAACCCCGUGCGUGCGUGCGGGCUCAAGUUGGAUCCCCAGAAACAGGUAGAGUGCAUUGAGAACAUAGGGUUCAGUGAGGCCUGUUCAUGGAUAUGGGUGCACAACACGCGCAACACCAAACAAUCGGAUGCAGAAGGGGGCUGUUUUGGCACGUGUAUAAUUCACAUCACAUCGGAUAACAACGACGCGAGCGCCGAUGGUAGUCUCAUCGCCAAGGUGAAAAACCUGUUCAUCGAGGCUAAUCCUUGCGAUCCAGACACGUGCUUAAACACUAUAAACGGAAAUCCAGCAUGCAGUCCUGAGCAAUGGCAGGAUGGCGAGUACCGUCUCAAUGCAUGUAUAGCUUGCGAUGAGUGUCGGUCAGGCCCUAUCUUUCAGAAAGUGAGUGGACGCACCAGAAGGAAUUCAGGUAUCAGCUCAGCGAUUACCAGACCCCCAGGAUACAUAUCGGAGGUAUACCAUCUGUAUGGGAAUCGCAGGGAUUGAUACGUUGGCACAGAAAACUAGAAAAUUAUACCACGACAACGGGUCUGCAUAGCCUAUUCAGUCUGACGAGUAGUGCAGGAGUCGUACACGAUUCGAAUUGUCUUGUAUCAAGACGAAUAACAUCUGUAAGGAAAUUUAUGUAAUACUAUAGAAAAAUUUUCACAUACAUACGUACACGUACACGUACACGUACAUGUGCACGUACAUGUGCACACUGAACACCCGUGCCGAAAUAUAUAAUCGAACUUGAUGUAUGUGUACACACGCAUCUGCAUUCAGAACAUGGGUCAGGCCUAGAAUUUAUAAUUAAAUAGAUAUAUGCAUGUGAUCACACAUGCACAGAAAUACACACAUGCGCAAUACCACUCGCACCUUCGCGCGUUUCAUAUAUACACCUGUGUGGCCUAAUUUGUAUGUGCAAACAUGGCAAUUACACAUACUCAACUCUAUGACCUAAUUAAACUAACACAUAAAAUAUUUAGGACAUCACUGCAUAAGUUUGACGAGAGCUUUAGGAACGAUAUUUCACAUACACGCGUUGAUACAUCUGAUACACCGAACUUGAAGGAAGAUUAACUUCUAUGAUAUCUCAUAAAACACAAAAACAUUUAUAACUAAUAAAAAAACAAACAAACAAG